AUGUCGAACAACAUCCCCUUCAGCCAGGUCGACCUCACCGCGCCGACGCCCCAAAACACGCCCCUCACCCAUGCGCCCAUCGGAGCGGGCCUCUCGCGCCCUACCGUCCCCGACAUCUCGGAGGACAACGAGCCAGAGGAGGAGGAGGAGAUCACCACCCCGGGCGCAGCCGCGAUGCUGAACCUGGUUCAUGGCCGCCUGCAGGGGCUCAUCGGCAAGAGCUCCGGAUACAUCGAGAACCUGCCCGUCGAGCAGAAGAAGAGCGUCGAGGCGCUGAAGGCCCUCCAGGCGAAGCAGGUCAACCUGCAGAAUCAGUACAAGCGGGAAUGUCUCGAGCUCGAGAAGAAGUACCACGUACUGCAGACACCUCUGUACGAGCGACGACAUGCGAUUAUCACUGGCGCCGCCCAGCCCACGCCUGAGGAGAUCGAGGCCGGUGAGAAGGAGUCGGCCAAGGACGACCCGGAGUACACUCCAUUGCCAAAAGAUGCCGCUGAUGUGCCCGCUGCUGCUAUCCCCGAGUUCUGGCUUACCGCGCUCAGGAAUCACAUCGGUCUGGCGGACCUCAUCACGGAUCGCGAUGAAGCCGCGCUCAAGCACCUCGCCGAUAUCCGCAUCGCAUAUCUCACGGAAGGCAAGCCCGGGUUCAAACUGCAGUUCUACUUCACGCCCAACGAAUUCUUCGAGAACGAGCUGCUGGAAAAGACCUACCUAUACCUCGAGGAGGUCGGCUACUCUGGCGACUUCUUGUACGAUCGUGCGAUCGGCACUGAGAUCAAAUGGAAGGAGGACAAGGAUCUGACGAAGGAGAUUGAGAUCAAAAAGCAGAGGAACAAAAACACGAACCGGACGCGGCUCAUCCGCAAGUCGCGCCCCGCGGAAUCCUUCUUCAACUUCUUCUCCCCGCCAACCCCUCCAGAAGAAGGUGAUGACGACGAAUCGGAUGUCGACAUUGAGGAGCUAGAGGAGAAGCUGGAAUUGGACUACCAAAUCGGAGAAGAUAUUAAGGAAAAGAUCAUUCCUCGUGCUAUUGACUACUUCACUGGCAAGGCAUUGGAGUACGAGGACCUAGACGACGAAGAUGAUUACGAUGAGGAUGGUGAUGAAGAUGACGAGGGUGCUUUCGAAGACGAUGACUCUGACUCGGAGGAUGACGAUGUCCCUGCAAGAAGGCGUGGUCCGCCGAAGGGACGUGGUGGCGCGGCCGCCAACAACCAGGUCAACGCGGAAGAGUGCAAGCAGCAGUAGACUUCGACCUCAGAAAAGACUUGACUUGAUCAUGCUGAAGCUUUGCCGUUCAACUCUACGCUCUUUUAGUCGCAUUCUUCGGGAGUAUACCUUUCUCUUCUCUGCUCCUGUCGCUGUUGGCAAGACGCUGCUCAUUUCCGUCCCCCUCUAUCCUGCCCGCCGCCUUGUUUUCCUUCCGAAUGAUUUACCGUCUCUCUUUCAAUGCUGUCGUCUUGGGUAAUCGUGUCGAGUUUCAUGAACUCGCCGCCGCUGCGAGGCGGUGUGCGUAUUGACCAUUGUAUUAUAAUCACAAGAAAUAUACGUGAGGCGAGACUGCUCAUAG